AUGGCCUCCCUGACCAGCUGCUCUUCCUCUCGCUCGUCCUCAUCCUCGUUCCGUUCUUCAGCGAGGUACAGCUGCAGCAGUGUCACGUCCAUCCAAACAGAAGCUUCCUCUCCUCCUCCAGAUCCCCUCUUCAUGCCUUUCUUGGAUCAGAGAGUGACGGCGCUUUUUGGGGGUCACGAACGCGACUCGGAGUCGUUCAUGAGCGAGAGAGAAACGUUCGGAGGUUGCCAGGGAGACAGGAAAUCCCACACGGGGGGUUACCAAGGUGACUGGAGGCAUGGAGACACACACGGAGCAAUCUGGGUGGACGAUCGCUAUUACAUGUCAGCGGACGUCAGUCGAUUUGAGCCGCAUGAUAUAGUGGUGAUGGCCUUCAACAGCAGCGUCGUCAUUCACGCUGAGAAAGUUGGAGACGAUGGCUGUGUCACAGACAAGUUUACCCACAAGUCUUCGCUGCCAGAGGACAUGGACCCUCUGUCUGUAAGCGGGACUCUGACGGCGGAGGGCGUGCUCGUGAUCAGCGUGAAAAGCACGUCCAGAUCCCAGUCACGUCCCUGACCUUCUGACUCACCUCUGACUUCUGGCCACCACAAAAAUACAAACAACACAAUGUCAA